UAAGAUCAAUGAUUUUAUGCAACACUCUCCAAGCAUUCGCUGUAGGUGGAAUCAGGUGGAAUCGUACUCGAUCUUGAGUAACCUAAACAAUCGUGCGAUAACGAAAAUAUGUCAUCGCGCUGAAUGAAAUCGUCCUUGAUUGAAUGAAAUAGACCUAACAGGCAACAGGCGAUAAGAUAAGUCCUCUCACUUUGCCGCACGUUUGUUUACAACUUCAUGCGGUCAGCUCAUUCAUUUAUGACCGUCACCGCGCUCAUUGAGUCUUUCUAAGUGCCUCGACGUCUGCUGGGCAAGAUGCAACGCAACACUGCGGAUUUCGUGGACUUGCUGGCGGAGAGACGGAAGGAUUGCGAUAUCGCAUGGGCGAUACGACCUAUGAAUCCAUUGCUACCGCAUAAAUUACCACCAGAGUUGAGAUACAACAGGGAACAGACGAUACAAUAUAUUUUGUCCAAUGGACGAAUCUGUGCCACAAUUAACAGAGUGGCAGCUACAUUGAAUGUCAGUAUCAAGGAUGUUGAGAAGAGAGCACGUGCUAUACUCAAUGAGAUGGCUAACAAAGAAGACUUGAUGACAGUUCGCUUCCUAAGUAUGUUUAUAACAAAAACCAUAAAGAGGAUGUACACCAGGAUCUAUGUGAACGAAUGCAAAAUCUUUAGCUUGAAGCAUGAGAUGCAGUUGUCGCAAGUGCAGUAUGUCUAUGUACCGACUCACAGGAGUUACUUCGAUUUCAUACUGAUGUCGUACAUUCUCUUUUCCUACGACAUGGCAUUACCGAAUAUCGCCGGCGGUAUCGAUUUUUACAAGAUGAGAAUAAUAGGCGAAUUAUUGCGGAAGACCGGGGCGUUUUACAUGCGACGUAGUUUCUCGAACGAUCUGCUCUACAAAGAGAUUUUUCGCUGCUAUAUCAACACUAUCAUCAGCCACAGCGGCAGAGCGAUCGAGUUCUUCAUCGAGGGUACCCGUAGUCGCAGUCAGAAGAGCCUCGCACCGAAAUACGGCUUGCUAUCCGUAAUCCUGGAUAGUCUACUUGACAGCGACGUGCCCGACAUACAGUUCGUACCGAUAAGCAUUAGCUAUGAGCGGCCACCGGAGGAGUUGCUGUUCGCCUACGAGCUGUUGGGCAUCCCGAAGCCGAAGGAGACCACGUCCGGACUUUUCCGUUCUAGGUCCAUGCUGGACAAACCUUUAGCAUACGGCCGCAUAUUCUUCAACAUCUGCGAGCCAAUCUCCGCUCGUUCUUAUGUGAAUAUGUCGCUUCGCAAAGCGCGCGUUUUGUCGCCUUGCUUCAAACUACCGUCGUCGAUCUCGGAGACCAUGGCUCAUCUCAUAACAGAUUCCCAUAAGAAGAACACCGUCCUCAUGCCAAUUAACAUCAUCGCUUUGCUGUUCAACGAGUGGAUCUUGACGCGACCGAGGGAGCCAUACACGCUUGAUUUAUUAGCCACGGAUUAUCGAUGGUUCAAGAACUUCCUCGUUAACAGGAUGGGCGCGUUGGUGUAUCCCGAAAUUAAAACCAGUGAAAACGAUGAUGUCAAGCAGGAGAUAUUAAUGUCUUUGAGACCACAUGAGGAAUUAAUCGUGUUCGAUGCAUCGAAUACGUUGAGGCUCAAGCAGAGACACAAAACAAGCAGACAUCCGAUAAACAUGAACCUGGUUCAGGGACAUUUUCUAUCUGAGCAGACAAUGUCAGUGGCUGUAUCCGCUAUGAAUCUAACGAUUUAUCUCAAUUCGGUUUUGGAUUCUAUAAUGAAGGCAGCUCUGAUCACCGUAACGAUAGAAGAACGUGGCAUACCGACUGGAGAAGCUUUGAAACGAUACGAACUACUUAGAAUGUUGUUCAGCACCGAGUUCGUGUUUCGUCCAAGCACGAGUACAGAUAUGGUCGAAACAGAGUGGAGAGAAUGCUUGGAUAUAUUACUGUCGGAGAAUUGUUUGCGUGUGCAAGGCAAUAAGAUUUCCCCGGGAGAAAAUGCAAAACUAUUCUCCAUCUUGCACAACGUCGCGUUGCCUUUCGUAGACGUCGUAUAUACAUUGUGCACCUUACUCGAGCGGGACGAGAUAAUAUCGAGUGUACUCGACGAUAAAAAGAUUUUCGCCGAGAUGCAGAAGGAGGUGGAGAAGUUAAUACUGGCGGGCGACAACUGCUGUCAACAUCCGUACUGCUUGACUCUCGACCUAUACCGUUCGACGUUGUCCACUCUGCUCUCGCAAGGAAUCCUCGAAAGAUACCUGUUUCGCGACAUGUAUCGCGUAAAUGAGAAUAGAUUGGCGGAUCUCAUCAGCGCGUUGCGCGAUUUACACCAACCGCUACGACAUCCCGCAGUGCGUUAUAUUGACGCGCUUUCUUCGAUUUUUUUACCGUCGGUGGAGAUACAAGCUAAAUUAUAGAUAAACAGCUGCUGAAUAUAUAUAUAUAUAUGUAUGUAUGUAUGUAGACAACUAUAAAAUGUGUAUGGGUGUAUGUAUGUGUGUUUGUGUGAUAUAAUAAGAACGCUAAUCUUGAUACAAUUUAAUAAUUUUAACUAGUUAAUUAAUUUAAUUUCUAAUUUUUAAGUUGAAAUCUAUUCAAUUAAUUAGUUUAACUAAUUUAACUGACCAAUUAGAUUAGUUUCUAAUAUGUAAAUUAAAGUCUAUUUAAUCAUUGUAACUUGUUUAAAUUGACUAAUUGAUAAAGUAGAUUUGUAGACAUAAGACUCGAAAACAUGUUGACACGUUAUUCGUAAACGAGACCAAGGCUAAUUGUGACGAAAUGUUACCGGAAACAUAAGCAAACACUCUGUUAUUUGUGAGAUAUUAAGAUUACAUGCGAAGACACAUUAACUAUGUCGAGAUAAAGAGUGAAGAAUGCGUAACACUGUACAAUUAAACCUGGUUCACUUACAAUUCCAUCGUCAUCACGA